GCACGAUCAGUGCCGUGCAACCCGUUGACCGAUCAACAGUUCAGAACGCGACGUCUGCGCGCGACAAUUUUAGCGAUUCAUCGCCACCAUCAUCCAAUACACACGUUCGAUCAUCAUCCGCGGCUCAUCACCGAGAAAAAAUCUACUGACAAGUGUGUGCGCUCUAUUUAAUUUUCCACGGACCGGUCUAACAUGCAUGCACAUAAAGAAUUAUCAUCUCUCCAGCCGAUUUAGCUAUACCUACCUGGGAAUCUAAACCGAAACGAUUUGUUUCGCUGGAGCUGAAAAUUAGUAUCAAACAAACCGCAGUGGGACUCGCGCGAAUGUGUGCGCGGGCGUAACCACACCUCGCUCAUCAUCAUCGGUUAACUUUGUGCAAGUCGCAGUUAAGUCAUCUAACAACGAUCGUCACGGUGCAUUAUCCCAGCUAGGUACGGUGAAGAAUAUUACAUAGCCUUCGUCGGGCUGGGAAAAGCCGGUUUUCCCGAUUGAACUGACUCCCGAAUCCCACUCCCAGAACUCUGACAGCGAAUAAGCAGAAGUUUAUCAGUAGUGAUUUCGUGAACAUUGAAGUAAAGUGCUGUGCGGUAAAUCGAUCGACGAUCAAUGUGGCACAUCAUCGCAGAUAAUUGUGCAAUCGGAGGGUGAAUUUCACUUUCACAGUGCCUAGUGAUUUGGGAAUCUACCGGUCAGUGAAGAUCAGGCCACUCGGAAACACAACUCAUCAGAAUGCGUUGCAUAAGACAUGGUUUAUCAUGGGUGCAUUCCUGGAUGAACCUACUUCUUUUGCUUGCCGUUUGGCUCCAACCGCAUGUCGAUGCAGAUGAGUGUAUAGCCUCCAAAAAUGACCGGCACCGCACUAUCAUGGAAGCAUACCGGAGUUCGCACAACUGGAAUGGAAUUCUGACUGAAGAUUCACUCAGCUUGCACGAUAACCAAACGGAACUGGACCUGUCGAAGCAAGGAUUUCACGAAGUCCAUUGGCACCUAAGCAGCAUUGUCGGUGAAGGAUACGACAUUUACGAAAUGGACAUGUCGUAUAAUAAUAUCGAAGUGCUAAACGAACUGACAUUUUUGAAGUUUUAUUCUUUGGAAAUGCUUAAUUUGUCGUACAACAGAAUAAUGAUUAUCAACAAUUUGACCUUCGGAUCGUUGAUUAGACUGAUGGAGCUCGACUUGUCGUACAAUUUGAUCCACACAAUUGAAAAAGAAGCUUUCAACCGCAUGUAUGCUCUGGAGUCGUUGAACUUGAGAGAAAAUUGUUUGAUAACAUUGAAUGAGCACCAGUUCCACUUUAAUGAUCACCUUUCGUCACUGCUAUUGGAUCACAACCAGAUCGGAUUCUUGCCGAGCGUAUUGUUCGAUUCUUUAGCAAUGGUAGAGGAGCUUUUUGAAGUUGAUCUCUCAUACAACAACUUCCAUCGAAUGCCGUACAUUGAAGCAAAAGAAAUUGGCUUACUGAAAGUAGACUACAAUCAAAUCAAUAUUCUGUCCGUUAAUCGGACAUACAACGUCAGAGCCUUGGAAGCGCACCAUAACCAUAUCCACGAUGCUGAUUUGUUCCAGUUCGCAUCUGCUGAACACGUCGAUUUAUCACACAACCAACUGGAUAACAUUGCCGGGCUUCAUGAGAUGAGUCGGUUGGAAUAUCUGGAUUUGUCAUCGAAUAACAUCUCGCGAUUCGACUACAACCUGAAAUAUUCGAUACGAAACAUCCCAACCCUCGCGACGCUCAGACUUCAGAACUGUAGCCUAACGGAAGACAACAUGGAAGGUCUAUUGAUAUCGGAAUCCAUCCUGAACCUUGACCUAUCCCAGAACAACUUCGUCCGAUUGAACAUCACUCAUCUUGCGAAGCUGAAAACUCUUCAAUACGUCAGCUUGAACUUCAAUUAUCUACAGGAACUUAUAGACUACGAACACAUGUCCCAUCACUUUCCUUACAUGGAGAUGAUAUCCCUUUCCUUUAAUCGAUGGAACUGCUCCUACUUCGACAAGAUCAUGUCCUACCUCAACAAAACCCAUAUCCAAACGACCACAGAUCCUCGGGAUUGCUACAUCAAUGGCUCGCACGUCACCGACUCGGACAUUACGGACUCCUUUGAACCGGAGUACACGCUCAACCAGGUGAAACGAGACAUGAAUCUGGUGAAGAAUCUAGGCCGCAGUAUGACCUACUUUAUGUACGCCCUGUACUACAACAUGCACGGGUUGAGCAAUCAUACCCACUUCUUGCUGAAACAGAACGAUCAGAAAAUUGCGGCCAUGAGUGCCGAAAUAGGGCACCUGGUAGGAAUGGUAGCCUUCAUGGUUACAAUAUUCGCUGCUGCGAUGGUGCUUGCUGUGGCCUACGGGUUGCACGUCCUCUACAAACGGUGGCAGAUGAAUCGAUCGGUUAAGGUGGUAACAUACAACAAACGUGCCAAUGAGUUCAGCAAUGGCGUCACUGUGAAUGACGUCAUACGGGACAACAUCUGAGAGACGAACGGAGUUUGACGGGUGGGUGCCAUGUACAGUAUCGAGUAUGAAAAUGUACCAAAUGUAUCAUAGAGGAAAAUAAAGCCGUUUAGGUUAAUGUAAUGCUGAUAUUGAAAUAUAUCUAUGAAUGAUGAUGUGUC